AUGAAUCAAGAUCAAGAAACUCUGAGAGUCCAUUUACGGGGAUCACUCCUGGAUAUUUUAGGUCAAUUACAGAAUUUGGAUUCUGGACAAUUGGAUAGUAUUUCAUUAAGACUUGAACAAAUUGCUUUUCAUAUAUUACGACUCUGUGGUGUUAACCUUGUUGAUGAUGAAAUUCAGCAUUUUGUCUCUCAAGCAUUACACUGUUUGCAGGGCGUGGAAGAAUUCUAUGCUGAAGUCCCUUUUGUCGCAGAGAGUGUUCAUUCAGGAAGAAGAGGUCGACCCAGCUUCAACAUUAGUUGUGAACAAUUGAACUACUUCUUGAAUUAUCAGUUCUCAGUGAAAGAUAUAGCAUGUGCAUUAGGAGUCUCGCAAAGCACCAUAUUUAGACGAAUGCGUGACAAUGGAUUGCAAAUUAGGCAAAAUACCAAUGUAAUGUCAGAUGAAGAGCUAGAUGGGAAGAUUACACAAGUCUUACAAGAAUUCCCCAAUGCAGGAUAUCGACGAGUGAUGUCUCAACUUGUUGUAAAUGGGCUCAAACCUUCACAAAUACAAGUUCGAGAAUCCAUGCGGAGAGUCAAUCCUCAAGGAGUGGCUUUACGAUGGCUAAGAUUAACACCCAGAAGACAGUAUAGGGUCUCUGGUCCUUUAGCAUUAUGGCAUAUAGACGGAAAUCACAAAUUAAUCAGGUAAAUUAAAAAAAUACUUAAAUCUCAAUUCUUCUUAACCCUUUAAUUAAGUGGCAAUAUUCCCUAAUUACUCUGUCAAACGACAGAUAAUUUUACUCAACAAGGGGUGAUUGCUCCCACUUAGUGGGUUAAUUAAAAAGAAAUUAUUAAAUACAGCAGGUAUUGAGAAUUCGUGCUAAAUAUUGUUGAAAUUGUGAAUAAUAUCCGGCGAAACACGGGAUUUUGAGUUCAAUAAAAUAGGUUUACUGUAAUUGUCUGAAAAUCAACCUUUUCAAAUAAUAACAUGAACAGUAAAACAGUAAAAGAUAGUGUGACCUAAAAAGUUCCAAAUACUUUGUCAUACGUUAUGUAGUCACAAAUAUGUGCAGGAAUUUAUUAAAAAUAAGACUCGUCAUCAGUAUGAAAAUUAUUCAGUAAACAACAAUUUGUGGUUUUAGGUGGCGAAUGGUUAUACAUGGAGGAAUUGAUGGUUAUACACGAAUUCCGGUGUUCUUAAAAUGCAGUGACAACAAUCGUGCUGAAACAGUUCUGAGUUGUUUUGAGAAUGCUGUUCAUGAGUAUGAUCUCCCAUCCAGAGUUAGAUCGGACAAAGGAGGUGAAAAUACUUCUGUUUCCCUCUACAUGUUACAACAUCCUUUACGCGGACCUGGUAGAGGAAGUAUGAUAACAGGCAGAAGUGUGCACAAUCAAAGGAUUGAAAGAUUAUGGCGUGAUUUGUUCGAAGGUGUUAGUCACAUUUAUUACCACCUUUUCUAUCAUUUGGAAGAUAAUGGCAUAUUUGAUUCCUCAAACAGAGAAGAUAUCUUCUCAUUGCAUUACGUUUAUAUUCCAAGGAUUAAUAGACAUUUGGAAGUUUGGAGACAAGGAUAUCUUCAACAUCGCAUUCGAACUGCUGGCAAUAGAACGCCAAUGCAACUAUACAUCCUGGGUCUUCUCCAAUAUAGAAAUUCCCAACAUGUGGCUGUUCGUGAUUUAUAUGAACCAACUACAAUGGUAAGAACACAUGUACAGAAUGGACUGGCUCGCAAUAUUAAUUAUGAAUUAUAAUCUAAAAUAGCUCAACAACUAAAAUAUUUUCGUGAUUUUGAGAAAGUUUUUUAUAUAACAAGUCAACACUAUUCAGUUUCAAUUCAAGGGUUAAACUAUUUAGUCAAGAAUAACAACGUGAAUAUUCUUAUCCUCUAAGUAUGAUCCUAGCAUAGCAUAUCCAAAUACUCCACAAUGUGUGCGCUUGUAUUUGAAGGUUUACGCGAACCUCUAUUGGACUUUUUUUAUAAACACACCCAUUUUUGCCAUUAUGAAUUGCAACCAUAAAUUGAUUUUUUAUAAUCUGUAGGAAGAAUUUGAGGAAUAUGGUAUUGACUGGGAUGGCCCCCUUCCAGCCGAUGGCGACAUGGAUGUUGAGGCAGUCAUGGUUCCAGAAACGAACUGUCCGUUAUCCCAAGAAGAUUAUCGUGAGCUAUCUUGCUCUAUAAAUCCGCUACGAGAGAGCAAUUCUCAUGGAAUAGAUAUUUAUGUUGAAGUAAAAGAAUUUGUAAGAACGCAUUGUUAA